GCCAUGCUAAAACUGUGAAGCAAGGAGGUUGCUCCGUUUCACACUGAAAAAAAGCAGUUUAAAACAUGUCUGAGAAGAGCGCUAGAGGCGGAGCGGCCAGGGGGAACCGUGGGAGGGGUAGAGGGAGGGGUACCCGCGGGGGCACCGGCCGCAACCCGGGAGGAAGCGUAGCCCCGGGGGCUGGGGCGAACCCUCAGUUCACCACGGACCAAGUCGUGGCCAUGGUAAAAGCUUUGUCUACAUCCCAGGCCUCCCUUAGUGCCGCAAUAGAAACAGAAGAACAGUUUGAAGAAGAAGAGGAAGAAGAAGAAGAAGGAGACACCAAGAAGGGUGGAGGAAAGAAAGGUAGAAAGCAAUCAAAGCAAGAGAAAGAGCCACCAGCAAAAAUUAGCGCCAAGGAGGGGAGGAUCAUUCGAGAGCUGGUCUCAAUCCUGUUCGACAAGUCUGGUGAUGUCCCGGUCGUGAAGUUGCAACAAGAAGCCAAGAAAGUCAGCAAUCGUCAAGAGUACCAGGAUCCAGGGAAACUGGCCACUUUCCUGCAUAAGCACGACUUCUUUCAGACCAGGUUGAACAAAGAUGGCGUCAUGUUGGUCAAAGUGAAGCGUGACGUCACCCUGUGUGGAAAGUACACCGCAUCAACAUGUAAAGAAGACGGCUGCGCACAUUUCCACCUGUGUCGUCAGUACGCGUCUGGACAGGGCUGUUCUAACGGGCUCAGCUGCCGGUAUUCCCACAACCUGAAAGAUGACCAUAACAUUGUUGUGUUACAGGAAAAUUUCUUGGAUGGCUUGGCAGAAGCGCAGGUUCUCUCUAUGAUCACCAAACCGGAGAAAUCCAAAGGAAGCUCCAAACCUGCAAAGAAAGCCAAGAAGGAUGAGGGGACACCUCCUACGGAAGUCCCUCCAUCGACGACGUCCAAAGGAGGCUCCAAACCUGCAAAGAAACCCAAAAAGGAUGAGGGGACAACUCCUACGGAGGUUCCUCCACCGAUGGCUUCGAAAGGAGGCUCCAAACCUGCGAAGAAACCAAAGAAAAUGAAGGAUGAAGGGACACCUCCUACAGACGUCCCUCAGCCAAUGACGCGACAAGAAGAGUUAAAACGUCUGCCGCGAGUUUGCCACUUUUACACCACCGAAGGCAAGUCCUGCAAAAACGGUCCAGCAUGCACUGCGGGCCUCCACGUCUGCACGUUCUACCUGACCGGCAGUUGCAGCCGCAAACCGUGCCAACUGUCGCACAACCUCUUCGACCCUCAACCGAGAGACUUGCUCAAGAAGAGCGGGCUCCUGGGUAAGCCAGGAAAGUACAUCGUCGGCCUGUACAAAGAGAAAUUCGAGGCUAAGAUUCAGAAGAAGGAAAAGCAAGAAAAGAAGGACCAGCAAGCCCCACCGACCGAGGACUCGAGCAAGAGUGAUCCCGGAAUGCCUGAACCCAAACCUUCAACCGAGUCGACGCACGAUGACGUCACGUCAAUGCCGGAACACUGGGAACCAAUGGGAAGUCCCGAGGGUGGUUUUAUGCCGCUAGAAAACGGCUUUGUACUAGCGGAGAUUCCCCCAACUGGAAAGGAGAUGAGCGACAUUAUGUCCGCCUUCUACCAGACACUGCACAGCUCCAAGGUUCACUCCAUCAAACGAGUGCAGAACUUCUAUCUGUGGGACAUGUACUGCAAGAGAAAGAAUCAGAUGAAAAGGCAGAACAACAGCCAGUUCCCGCUGGAACUCCGUCUCUUCCACGGCACUAACCAGGAGGCAGUCUCCCCCAUCUGCCGUCAGAACUUCGACUGGAGGUUGAGCGGGCACAACGUCGGCCAGCUCUUCGGGCAGGGGAGCUACUUUACCGCCAAUGCCAGCUACGCGAGCGCGUACUCCCAGCCUAGCUAUCCUACUGGCCACCGGUAUAUGUUCUUUGCUAAAGUCCUUGUGGGGAGGUAUGCAAAGGGAGAGAGUUCUUACCGUCGACCUCCACCCUUGAAUGAGUAUGAUCCGUACGGACUCAGCUACGAUAGCUGUGUCGAUGAUGAGAACAGUCCUAACGUUUUUGUUGUGUUCGAGUCGACCCAGUGCUAUCCAGAGUAUCUCAUUGAAUAUUCAUACUAGUACUGAGCUAUGAGGAAACUUAGCUAACGUUGCUGAAAUGAGUGACUUGUUUAUUCAACUUGUGUUGCAAGAAUUAAAAAGCAUCAGUCAAGAUCAUACUCGAAGCUAAUCAAGU